AUGGCCUCGCAUAGCAUACGCGACGAGGGUAGCCCGAAGCCUCGCGUAGCCUCUCACAUGAACCAGCGGAGCAGGCUACAGCCACAGACCGGGCAGCGGACCACUCUAGCUGUCACCCACGACAUAAACAACACCAAGCACGGAUUAGUGCAAUCCCGCCUAACAAAGUCAUCCCGUCUCGAGCCACGCAUGCCGAAUUCAAGGAUUUCCACUCCGAACUGUGAGGCGCGCCCUUCGAGCAGGACGCGUACAUACAGCUGUCGCCCACUAGAGCGGCUAGCAGAGGAAGUCGAUGAGCCUGAGCUUGUUACGCGGCGUACUGAGGUCGGCGGUCUUCACAAUAAUCAGGUCGAAUCCAACGAGAUAGAUCGUAUGAAAGAGAGGCAGCGCGCACAACUUAAGAUGAUCGGGGCGCUUCCGCCCCAAACAGCCGCGCCGCUUCGAUCCGCUCGACAAAGCAGGAGACAUCAAAGGCUAAGUCGUCCUCAGCAAUCCAUUCUACCUCUAUUGGGUCAACAACAUUCGCGCCAGAGCGUAAGAGAGUGCGGCAGUCACCAGUCGGUCAAUACCAACGCUCACGCUUCACCGAGUCGACACCACUCAAAUGGCGAAGAUGCAUCGCAUACCCCAGCGGCUGUGCACUCGUCGCAGUCGGGUAAGGACAAGCUGCUGCCACCUGAUCCACCAAUAUCACAACCGGCUACGCCGCAUGAUGACGAUGCAGUACCAGCCAUGCAUAAGAUGCACAAGCUAUCGUAUAUACAAGGUCAACAGUCUGCAUCUUGCAACGCUGCCAUCUCCGGACAUUGCACAAGCGAUAGCUCAGCGGCGACAGAGCCGGUAAGCGCCUUUCACGAUCUUGCCACAUACUACACGACAAUGCCCAGCAUGCUGCCAUUCUACCACAGAAUCGCAGGACUCCCGCGCUUGCAGAUUCCACUGCCAGAGGGUGGGCAAGCCUCAUUAGCACCUGUUCAGCAUAUCCCAUGGUAUGCACACGCCCAAGAUGACAACACUUGGCACGACAGUCCCAGUGUGGGCAGCAGACACUACGAGCCUGUCACAACCAACAAUAAUAGGCCGCGUGUUCGGAGCUCCCACAGUACGCCGUCCACGCUAGCUCUUAUGGAGCCGGCGUCAUCAGCGAAAAUGCAACGACGAGCUACAAGUCCCGUCAAUAGAAACACAGCGAUUGAUAUGCUUCACUCCAACGCACAGGAUGUCGCUCGGUUUAGCCUCCGUCAGGGAUCCAUCUUUCCAAGCAUCAGCUCUGUACUCAGCCUACAUUCUUCCACGCCAGGCGCAGAUAGCGACUUUACGCGCACGAGCUUUACCCGCAGAGAGGGCGGAAGUCCAGGAGAAGCACGCAGAUUGUCGUACUCUUCAUCGUCGAGAGGAACGCCGUCAUCGGGACGUUCACACCGGACCCGUAGCGACGGCGCGCCAAGCAGGAACAACAGCGCCAUAGGGACACCGGCGCGCUACCAUCGGCCAUCUAUAUCAGGACGGAGCACAACGGACCUUCAAUGUCGUACUUCGUCGCAGCUGUCCGGCAGUAUCAGAUCCUUCAGCAUUGUCGAGGACACAAGAGUGCUGCCUGCUUUCAACAGUCCGAAGAGGUAUCGUAAUGGCUCUAUCAGCAGCCAUGAUUACGGCAUGAUAGGAAGGCCCGUGGUGGUGAACGGUUCAAUCAAUGGUUCAGUCAACUCAGCCUCCCUGGCAGACGACGUGGAACGCGAGCAAGCUGCAGAACACGAUGAGAACAGGCAUCCUGUAUCACUACCGCCGCAUUCGUUUGGUGGAGAAGCGUCACCGGCAGGCAAUGGCGCGGUCGAGGUCGACGAUCUUGCGACUUCACAUAAACCGUCCCUGGUCUACACCGCAAACGACCCGAGCCGCUGUCCAGAAAACUGCGACUGCGAGGGGUGCUACACCAGCUUUGUCCGACGGCAAUUUGCAAACUGCGAUCUCGAUGAGCGUCUUGACCUCAUGGUGAACACCUGCAAAGGGUUCGAAUCUAUUGUGGUGGAGAUACCAAGUCAAUUGACUCUCCAGCUCCAUUCGUGCAUUAGGCGCUCGCAGACGCUGCUGCUUGCUCAACAAAGACUUCAUAAACGCGAGCAUCCAUUCAUGCUCGAGCAUCAGGGCAGAUCGGCAAAAGAAUCAUGGAACACAUGGUUCGAGGCCUUCGCGCUCAAUGUGCGAGACCUUCAAGCCGAGGUGACAAGGGCAACUGCAGCUCUCGCGGCGCACAAGGAAGUGCCUUUGGAAGCCAAGAGGGAGAAAAUCGGCGCCAUGGCCUCCGUUAAGAGCUCCAUGCUACCUCUUCGCCGGCGGCAGCCGAAGGAAGUGAACAGCUUGUCUACGCAACCGAAAGACGCAAAAGCCGAAUGUAUUCCGGGUGGAACUGAGGCAGAGACGGCUGGUAAGGAUAAGAAGGAGAGGAUGCGAUGGUUUGGGAAGCGUCGGAUAGACUCUUCUGUGAACUUCUAA